AUGUCUUUUCAGAGUACUCUGAGCCUGUCUCUGGACAGUCCCACCCAUGCCAUCUGCAUGGUAGGCAUGGAAAUCAGUUUGGACAUCAGUGGGUGCGCACCGGAGAAGUGCAUGUCCUUUACCAUCCGGGGCUCGCCCAGAGUCCUGAUCCACAUCUCCAGUGCGGUCCUCACUGGGAAAGAGGAUUCUGUGGUCUGGCGGCCAAUGAACCACCCCACGGAGGCGCUGGUGAGGAUGGUAUCCCCCAGCCCUACUGUGGACGAGGACAAGGUGCUGGUCUCCUACUACUGUCCUGACAAAGAGGUCCCCACGGCCACCGCUGUGCUGUACCUCACUGGCAUUGAGGUCUCCCUGGAGGCAGACAUCUAUCGAGAUGGACAACUGGACAUGCCCAGUGACAAGCUAGCUAAGAAAAGAUGGAAGUGGGGACUGAACGGCUGGGGAGCCAUCCUGCUUGUGAAUUGUAAUCCUGAUGCAUUGGGCCAGCCUGGUGACAAGUCCAGCACCCAGAACGGCCCCAAAGAAAUAGAGAACCUGUCUCAGAUGACUCUAACAGUGGAGGGCCCUAGCAGCAUCCUACAGAACUACCAGUUACUCCUACAUACCUCCGAGGAAGAGGCGAAGAAGGCGAGAGUCUACUGGUGUCCAAAAGGCGCCUCUACCUAUGAACUGAUAGUGGGACCGAACAAGCCUGUCUAUACCCUGCCUACCUUUGAGAACCGUGGGAAAGAGACUUUCUACGUAGAAGCCACGGAAUUCCCAUCUUCCAGUUUCUCGGGCCUGAUCACCUUCUCCAUCUCUCUGGUAGAAAAGGCUCACGAUCAGUGGAUCCCAGAGACCCCGCUCUAUAAGGAUACAGUGAUGUUCCGGGUGGCACCUUACAUCUUCAUGCCCAGCACCCAGCUGCCUCUAGAGGUUUACCUGUGCAGGGAGCUACAGCUGCAAGGCUUUGUGGACACGGUGUCACGGCUCAGCGAGAAGAGCAACGUGCAGGUGGCGUCCGUCUAUGAGGACCCCAACCGCCAGGGCAAGUGGCUCCAGGACGAAAUGGCAUUCUGCUAUACCCAGGCUCCCCACAAGACGGUGUCCUUGAUUUUUGACACCCCAAGGGUUUCCAUGCUGGAAGAUUUCCCCAUGAAAUACUCACUGACCCCUGGUGUCGGCUAUCUGAUCCGAAAAACUGAGGACCACCGGGUGGCUAGCCUGGAUUCCAUCGGGAACCUGAUCGUAUCCCCGCCCGUCAAGGCUCAGGGCAAAGACUACCCGCUAGGGAGGGUCCUCAUUGGUGGCAGCUUUUACCCCAGCUCUGAGGGCCGGGACAUGAGCAAAGCCCUGCGAGAAUUCGUGUAUGCGCAACAGGUGCAGCCCCCGGUGGAGCUCUUCUCGGAUUGGCUGAUGAGUGGUCACGUGGAUCAGUUCAUGUGCUUUGUCCCUACCGAGGACAAAAACAACAAUGACCAGAAGGGCUUCCGCCUGCUGCUGGCCAGCCCCAGUGCCUGCUUUGAACUGUUCGAACAGAAGCAGAAGGAGGGCUACGGAGACGUGGCCCUGUUUGAAGAUGUCAAAACAGAGCAGCUCCUUUCUAAUGGGAGAGAGGUCAAAACCAUUUCCCAAAUCCUGGCUGACAAGAAUUUUCGAGAGCAGAACACCUAUGUCGAGAAGUGUAUCAGCCUGAACCGCACCCUCCUGAAGAAGGAACUGGGGCUGAUGGACAAGGACAUCAUCCUGAUCCCGCAGCUCUUCUGCCUGGAGCCGCUGACAAAUGUCCCCUCCAACCAGCAGACCUCGAAACUCUUCGCGAGGCCGUACUUCCCCAACAUGCUGCAGAUAAUUGUGUUGGGCAAGAACCUUGGAAUCCCCAAGCCCUUUGGACCCCAAAUCAAGGGUGUCUGUUGUCUGGAAGAGAAAGUGUGCGGACUACUGGAGCCCUUGGGUCUCAAGUGCACCUUCAUCGACGAUUUUGACUGCUACCUGGCUAACAUGGGGGACGUCUGUGCCAGUGUCAUCGUAAAACGGGUGCCAUUUACAUUCAAGUGGUGGAAAAUGACCCCAUAAACCCCUGUCCCCUGGCAUGGCCAGUCUGCCCCGGCGCAGACGGCCUUUACCAUGAAUCAGCAGUGGGUGUGAGCGUAGUUGUUGCACUGGGUUAAGGGACAGAGAGCUGGGGACUUAGGGUCUCUUCAGAUCUGGACACCUCUGGAGGGAAAAGGGGAAGAGAAAGCCUCUAUGUAAACAAACUUAC